AAAAUCAAACAUUAAAUAAAGACUAUUUAUUUUUCUAUUACUCCCUUUGAUUCAACGCGAGAGAAAAAAAAAGACACUCAAGGGUGGCCCUCUUCUCCCGUCUCUCCUGCGUGRGUACAUCCAUAAUAAUAAAAAUGUCAGCCGGGCCCUUGUGGAGGUCCUGCAACGAGACAACAAGCUAAAUGAGAAAUCAUUUAAAAUAUAAUGCACUGCUACGUUUUCAGUCAGUCAAAGCCGCUCAGAGAGGAGCACAAACUGGGAUCAUAAAGGAGCUUAUUUCUUUAAAUGUUCGGCACAUUUGCUGCGUAAAGGCAGCUCAGUUCAUUAUUUUGGUGCUUAAAGAGGGGGAAAAGUCGACAAAAAACUGAUCGUUUUUGCUCAUUCAAAAAUAUUGCGCACAAUAUUUUCUAUUAUUUUUGUUUAUUAUUAACAAAAAGCAAACAUGAAUCUGCAAAAUUGCGCACAUGCAACAUUUUUUUCCUAAAAUGCACGUUCGCAACAAUUUUUGCCCACUUUCAUUUAUGAAUUCUAUUUUUUUCUUCUUCUUUUAUGUUGGACUCAUUUCCAAACCCCAAACUGAUUGAUAUCCGUGGGCACGAACAUUGCUGGCCCUGACAUAUGGUUAGUAGGAGAACCUAGAACAAUUGGAGCAUGGUGUAUCACUGAAAAAAAAAAAGCUGAUGAAUUUAGUAUUUCUGCAUCCACAUGCAGACGCGAGCGCAGCAGCAUUUUUACCUGAACAAAAAGCACACAAAUGGGKGGUUUAAGGAAUACAUUUUUAAAAAUAUAUUUAUAUAUAUUUUUUAUCCGCGGGAGGAUCGGUCGUAAAUCAGUUGUAGUAUAAAGAUAAGUGUGUAGGACGUGCUGAGGUCCUCUAAAUGCCGCCACCCACUCCUCUUGUGGCACACAAAGCCUUGUGCGUAAUUCCAAAAUAGCCACCGUCUCUUCCCUUAGCAACUCCUCUGUCCAGCUCACCACCUCUGCUAAAAACGAAAAAAAUAAAAAUAAACAAAUAAAAGUGGAUAUUAAAGAAUCCAAAGAUAGGAAAACCAGGUGGGGAAGCCAGCUUCAACCCCCCCACCCAUACUCACUGCUGUCCUCAGACAGGAAACGGUCGCAUCUUGUGUGGCUGGAUUCUCUCUGUUUUUUUUUUUUUUCAUUCUUUCUUCUAAAACAUCCCUCCAGCGACAAAAACCCGAGCAGAAAUGCGAGCAGAAAACUGGUUCUAAUCUGAGUGGCCAGUGUUUCUCGGCGCUUCCUGGCUGCAUUUGAUCCGGGGGAGAGUUAGAAGCCUUAAAUGUGUUGUGAGGGCACCGAGCUGUCAGACCUUUUGGCGAGUAAGAUUGAUCGCGCGCAGGCUUCCAGGACUCUUUGUUUGGUAUAUAAGCAAGAAAACUGAAAGAGGCCUUCCACUUCUUCUUCGACUUCUUUUCCUUGUGUUGCUCAAUAAACCACACACACAUAUAUGUAUUUUUUCCCUCACUGUGAAUGAAAUGUGGCUGCCUCUUUUGGAAAAAAACAACUUCUGAAUGUGGCUUUCAUAGAUUAUUCUGGGGGAUCAUCUCACCCUGAACUGUAUAAUAAAGCUACAAAUGGUCGAUUAGAGCUGAUAUUCACUGAAAAUCCAUGUGAUAAUAGAAACAUAGAAUUUUUUAUGUUUUUUUAAUGAAGUAAUGUCCUUUUUAUGACGUCUGGUUGAGGCAUGACGAAACAAAUAGGGAAAAAUACGUUAUUUAAAAGUGCAUUUUUUAAAAUAAAAAAUAGUGCCUCUUAAUUUAUCAAAAGAUUUYAUUAUUUGGAACUCUUGCAACAUUAUCAUAUCUUAUCUUAUCGUUAUCAUAUCAAUAAUUAAUUUAUGUAAUUAACAAAAAAGUGCCUUAAAUGUUCAACUAUAAGAUGAUUGUCUGUUUAGGUUUCUGCGCAGUAGUUAYAUAAGUUUAGCUGCUCAUGCUCCAAAUUUGUCAUGUCUGUCACUAUUUAGUGGGUUUUAUUGCUUCUCGGUCGCUCUUCUGUAUCAUUUAAAGCUCACGUGCUCUGCUGUCCACAUUCAGUGAGGAUUAGUUGGGUUUCCCCCCCACCUUAGAAGUCUUUGAGGUUUGCCUUUUCACCUCCAAAAGUCUGCCUAAAUAUGAAGAGCUACUGAAAUGUGUGAGUUUGUGUGUCGUUUUUGUGUGUUUGUGUGUGUGUGUGUAUGUGUGCUGGGGGGCGUUCUCGGCUGACAUCCUCAAACAAUACGAAAAAAGAGGAGUGCACGAAACCGCGCACCCUAAAGCUAGGCUCCUUCCUUGUGCCAGAGAGAGUCAGCCAUUCUUUUUAAAAAAAAAACACAGAGAUUUUGUAGCUUUAGUGGAGCUGGACUGCAGGAGCGCGAGGAGGAUAAACUGAGCGGACAAAGAUGUAAAUAAAAACAGUCGUGUCCCAGCUGAGGCGAGGCGAUCUUCAGCAGAGUUUUUGGAUCAAUCAGGCAGACAGUGGCUCCUUUUGAUUAAACCCCAAAUUGUCAUUGGGCAGAGGUAAUCAUGUGACAGGCAAUUCGGUCCAAUUUCAACCUUGUCUCCAUGAAUUCAAUAGUUUAAUGGUAGCUCGGUCCCCAUACGGCCGUAAUCAGUGGCAUAGAAACAAACAAGAAUCUUCUUUUUUAUGUUUUUUUUCUUUCUCGUCCUCACCGAGCCGCGACAUUUAUAAAAACACGCGCGCGAAACUUUCCUCGGCUCGCAGGGAGCGGAGAUGAAUUACGAAUUCGAGCGAGAGAGCGGUUUUAUCAAUAGUCAGCCGUCGCUUGCUGAGUGCCUGACAUCUUUCCCCCCUGUCGCUGAUUCAUUUCAAAGUUCAUCAAUCAAGAGCUCGACGCUUUCACGCCCGACACUGAUUCCUCCUCCCUUCGAGCAGACCAUCCCCAGCCUGAACCCGGGCAGCCAUCCGCGCCACGGCCGGCCCAGACACAGCCAGGAUGCGGGCUGCAGCCCGCUGCCCACCGCCUCCCUGCCCCCGGAGUACCCGUGGAUGCGGGAGAAGAAAGCCUCCAAAAGGAACCACCUGCCGACCUCCACCGCUACCACCGCCAUCUCCAACGGAGCUGUGUGCUUCUCCCCGAAAGGCUCGCCUGAGAUUGUGGAGAGCAGCGGCAACGGCGGCGGCGGCGGCGGAGGAGGAGGAGGAGGGGGCUCCCGCCGCCUGAGAACCGCGUACACCAACACGCAGCUGCUGGAGCUGGAGAAGGAGUUCCACUUCAACAAGUAUCUGUGCCGGCCGAGGCGCGUGGAGAUCGCGGCCCUGCUGGACCUGACCGAGCGGCAGGUGAAAGUCUGGUUCCAGAACCGGCGCAUGAAGCACAAGCGGCAGACCCAGAGCAAGGAGAACCACAACGGCGACGCCAAGGGCCUCGGCGCAGACGAGGGCAUGCACAGCGAGGAGGACGACGACGACGAGGGGCCCCUGCUGUACGAGCAGAGCGGGCCCCUGCUGGAGAGGGAUACCUGCUCCUUUCAGAACAACGCGCAGCAGCUCCACAAUGGAGAGCCGGCGAGCUUUGGGGCCGCCGCGCCGCUCAACAGCAAUGACAAAAAUCUGAAACAUUUCCCCAACCCGUCACCCACUGUUCCGGGCUGCAUGUCAACAAUGGGCCCUGGCUCGGCAUCUGGCCCGGACAAUGGGGACAGUCCYUCAGCUCUGGAUGUUUCUUUACACGACUUUCAGCCUUUCUCCUCGGAUUCCUGCCUGCAGCUCUCGGACACAGCCUCGCCGAGCUUGUCAGAGUCCCUGGACAGCCCCGUGGACAUUUCUGCGGACACUUUCUACUUUUUCUCGGAGUCUCUAACAACGAUCGACCUGCAGCAUCUGAACUAUUAAAUCAAAUCACCCUCUCUAUAUUUCUCUCCCCCCUCACUUCUCUUUUCUUUUAUGUGAAACCAGGCUCUGUUGUUUGUAAAAUUCGGCACAUUAUUCUGUUGAUUCGUGACGAUUAAUAACAAGGUAAGGCUGAGAUAAAAUCAAUGAAACAGCUAGUAAUAAUCAACUUGAYGACAUGGAGUGUGUGAGAAUAAUCCAACAGUAUUAGUUCUAUAAAAACCAGGUCAAUCUUUUUUUAUUUUUGUAUAGUUUCUUGAAUAUUUUUGUUAGAAUACAAAUAACUUGCUACAAUCUUUUAAA